AUGUUGCCAUCAUUGCAUCGCCUACUGCUGUUUACGGCACGAAACUCGGUCCGCAGUUAUCACCAUUAUCGAAUAAAAGAACUCGCUACAAGCGGCUGCAAAGCGGGGGACAAAGUCAACGUUAAGGGAUGGGUUAAAUCGAUCCGGAACAUGAAAGGCAACCUUUUCGUGGAUCUAAACGAUGGUUCCACACCGGCCAACUUUCAGCUGGUGAUCGACAAAGACAGGAACCUCGACACGGCGUACGGUUCGUCGGUCGAUGCGUGCGGUGUGCUGGUUGCGUCUCCCAAGAAGGGUCAGCUGGAGCUGCAGGUGGAAAGUUUGAAAGAGCUGGGCAAGUGUCCCCUGACGGAGGGGUAUCCGUUUUACCCGAAAAAGUCCUACCCACCGGAGUAUGUGCGUGGCCACCUGCAUUUGCGAUCCCGCGUCAGUUCGAUGUGUUCCACGUUCCGCGUGCGGCACGAGGCAACACGGGCGUUCGCCGAGUACCUUCAGCAGGACGGGUUCGUGCAGAUUCACACACCCGUCCUCACUUCGAACGAUUGCGAAGGUGCCGGAGAAGCGUUUCUGGUAAAGUCACUCAACGAACAGCUCCUGGCGGGAAUGGCAAAAGAAAAUGUCCCCCCGGAGCAUGCCUACUUUGAUCGGGCCACCUUUCUCACCGUUUCCGGCCAACUACACCUGGAAGCGAUGGCGCACGGUCUCGAUCGGGUGUACACGUUUGGGCCAACGUUUCGUGCGGAAAACUGUAAAUCCAACAUACACCUUUCGGAGUUCUACAUGCUGGAGCUGGAAGAAGCGUUCAUGGACACGCUGGAACAGCUGGCCGCGCGAGUGGAGGACAUGUUGAAACGAGUAACGAAAACGCUGUUAGACAGAAGCGAGUCGGAUGUGCGGUUGGUGCGGAAAGUAACUAAAGGGUCCGAACUAGGCGAAGAAUUUGCGUGGAUCGAGAAACCGUUUCCACGCCUCACGUACGACGAAGCCAUUGAGAUUCUGAGGGCGAACGGUGACAAACUGAAAUCCCCGGUUCGGGCCGACGAAGGGAUUAACAAGGAGCAAGAACUGUUGCUCGUGCAGCACUGCCGUGGACCGGUAUUUGUUUGCUACUGGCCAAAGGAACUUAAAUCGUUUUAUAUGCGCGAAUCCGACCGGAACAGCCACUUGGUCGACGCACUGGAUCUUCUGGUGCCACACGUAGGUGAGCUCGUCGGAGGAAGCGUCCGUGAGGAUUGCUACGAACGGCUGUACCAAAAGCUGCCCAACCGCGACGUACUGCAGUGGUAUUUGGAACUGAGAAAGUUCGGCAGUGUCCCUACGGCCGGUUUCGGGUUGGGUUUCGAACGGUACCUGUCCUGGGUGUUGAACGUUCACAACAUCAAGGACGUGGUCCCGUUUCCUCGGUGGGCACACAACUGUGUGAUGUAAAGAACCCUGCACAGCGAGCUACUUGCUUACGUGUACAUAAAAGCGAUU